CAUUUGUUUUGGUGACGCCUCGUCGCAUGAUAUUGACGUCGCAGAUGAGCCCUUUGCCCAAGGUAGAGGCGGGUUAGAAGAUUCUCGAAGAGUGUAAACUGAGGUGGCCUGUGAACUUGAGAGGACUGAAAAAAUCAUCUUCAUAUAAGACUCUCUGUUGGAGGCAAACAUGGUUAAGGAAACCGGCUUCUAUGACACACUGGGUGUGAAACCUAAUGCUACUACUGAUGAACUGAAGAAAGCCUAUCGCAAAUUAGCCUUGAAAUAUCACCCUGACAAAAAUCCUACAGAAGGAGAGAAGUUCAAGCAGAUCUCACAGGCAUAUGAGGUGCUGUCAGAUCCCAAGAAGAGAGAGCUAUAUGACCGUGGAGGUGAAAAAGCUAUAAAGGAAGGAGGGACUGGUGGCGGUGGUGGGAGCUUUGCAUCGCCUAUGGACAUCUUUGACUUGUUUUUUGGUGGGGGCAGCCGGAUGCACAGAGAGCGAAAAGGGAAGAACAUCGUUCAUCAGAUUUCAGUGACGCUUGAAGAUCUUUACAACGGAGCUACAAGAAAGCUUGCUGUGCAGAAGAAUGCUGUUUGUGAGAGAUGUGAAGGUCGUGGGAGCCGAAAAGGAGCUGCACAGAUGUGCAUGACUUGCCAUGGCACAGGCAUGCAAGUUCGCGUGCACCAACUAAUACCAGGUAUGGUCCAGCAGGUGUCCACAGUGUGCCACAACUGUCACGGCCAAGGACAGAAGAUCAGCCACAAGGAUCGCUGCAAAGCCUGUGGGGGUCGAAAGAUUCUGCGGCAGAAGAAGAUUUUGGAGGUCCACAUUGACAAAGGAAUGAGAGAUGGCCAGAAGAUCAUUUUCCAUGGAGAGGGAGACCAGGAGCCAGGAAUAGAGCCAGGUGAUAUCAUCAUCGUCUUGGAUCAGCGGGAACAUCUGUGUUUCACCAGGAGAGGAGAUGACCUGAUCAUGUCUAUGGAGUUGCAGCUAGUUGAGGCUUUGUGUGGUUUCAAGAAGGCUGUUCAGACCCUGGACAACAGAACUCUCCUCAUCACCUCACAUCCAGGGGAAUUGAUUAAACCUGGAGACACAAAGUGCGUCUUAAAUGAAGGGAUGCCCAUGCAUCGCAGGCCAUUUGAGAAGGGACGCCUUAUUAUUAACUUUUCGGUGGUGUUUCCACAAGCCAACUUCCUCCCUGAGCAGAAGCUGAAGGAGUUAGAGCACUACCUCCCAGAAAAGCUGGAUGCAGAGCAGCCAGACAGUAUGGACGAUGACCUCUACAUCUAUGCUGACCUGGAGGACUGUGACUUUGAGAACAGAAGAAGACGCAACCAUCAUUACUACUACAUGGAUGAAGACGAUUGCACUGGAGGCGUUCAGUGCCAAACAUCUUAAAUAACAGCUGGUCUCUUCUUAUACCAGAGACCCAUACCGUCAUCUCUAAAGCAAAGCACCUUUUGGAAUUAUGUGCACUUUUUAUUUAAUUACUUCUCUUAAAAUCGUAACUGUUUACCUGUUUUGUUUUUUUUUUUUUCAAGUUGAAUCAUAAAACUGUGUCCCAACACCCUCCUGAAUUAUUAUCACACUCUUUGGAUGGUGUCGGGUAAGUUAAAAUUUCAGGACUAAACUAGGAUCUUUUUUUAUUUUUUUUGUUUUUCCUGUCACACUGUGAUUAGAGGUGAGGGUUGGUAAUACAGGAACUCCAGAAGAAAGAAAAACAAUCUUUGCCUAAACAAAAACUGCCUACCUUUCGUGCAGUUACACUAAAACAGACGGCAGUGUUGAUAUAAAAAUAACCUUUUUUAUAGUGUUACUGAAUCAGUUAUUCUUGUGAACCACGUGUUGAUGACUUGUUCAGUGUGUUGCUCGUGAAGAUCCAGUCUUCAGAGCACAGUGGAGAGAGAUGUGCAUCGAGACUUGAGUGAAAACAUACAUUUAUGCUAUUUCACCCUUUCAAGGGCUCUUUUGUCGACAUAUCUAAACAACCUUGAAAAUGUGACAAAGUAGUCCUGAGUUGUGGGUAAAGGUAACGAUCGAGGCAUGGCGGUAUGUGUGUCCAAGCCACUAUAUUGUAGAUUGUUCAAACUAAUAUUUAUAUUUAGUUUAAUAUUUCUACCUUUGAGCUGCAGUCAGUUGUUCGGUGAUGCUGCUCAUUUGUGUAUGUUUUGGAAACCUUGUGUGGAAAGUGGAAUAUCUUGUGUAUGUGCAACACAGUUUGAUAUGAGCCAAAUAAUGUCUGAAGUUCAUAGCGGUGUAUGUGUUCAGAAACAAAAGGUCAAUGAGUAAGAAGUCACUUUAUUUUAUUUUUAAAAAACAAUUAACAGAUUGGGGGGAGAAUUUUGAGAAAUUCAACUUCAUACUGCGUUAUAUUGGCAUGAUUCUACGUUUUAUCUGGUUUGGGAUUUUACUUAAGGUUAUCUAACUCAGUAAACCCGCCCAUUAACGGGCCCCUUAAGCCUUGGUCGCAGAUAAUUUCUCUCUUUAAAACUAUCAAGUGCCAAGCUGCAAGAGUAUUUCACGUUUGUGUUUUUAACAUUAUUUUAAAACUUAUGUACACUUGGAAUUUAAGUGAAAAAAAAUGUAAUCAAAUUAGCAAGAUAAGCCCAUUGAUGGGUUUGGCUCAUGUUGACUGACAAGCUAUUAAGUGUGUUUUUUUUUUUUUUGUCAUGAAUUGUAAAUGCCAAAUGGGCUGGUGGUUAUAGUUAUGGAGGGACUUAAACACCCGAUACCUCAUUGAUGUGUCUGCUUGUUUAAAAGCCUUAUCAUAACUUAACUUGAAAAUAUGUUGUAAUGCGGGUCUCUUUCAGUGGUGACUUUGCCUUGGAUAGUAUAUAAACACAACUAUGCUUACCAGAUGGGGGAUAAACAGAUUUCAUAAUUCUUUAAACAGAUGCAAACUAAUGAGUACUCCAAUGUCAGGGGAACUUACAUUCAGCUCGAAUAAGUGUUGAGUCCUUAACUGGACUGUGUGCUGUGUGUUAGGACCAAUUAUGUACUUGUUUAUGCUCAUGUUUUCUAAUUAAAUUUUCUGUCUCUCUAA